AUGAAAGAUACUACACUUAGACAAGAAGAUAUCAUUAAAAGAGACUUUAGAAAGAACACUAUCCCAAGAAAGGAUAAUAUAUUUUUCCAAUUUGAGCAGAUCUCUGGUCUAUCUAUGUUUCAAACCAAAGAAAAACUUUGUUGUUUUGAUCAAUUCGACAAAGAAGGAAAACAACAACAACAACAACAACUCACAUUAAUAACAGAAGUAGUUAGUAGUAGUAGUUGUUGUUGUAGUCGUAGUAAGAAACAAAGAAAGAAGGAAGGUUUAAACAUGUCGAAUCUAGUUGAUAACUUUUUUUGGAAGUUCUCUGGUGAAAAGAUAGAGUGGAAAUCAUAUAGUAGUAAACAUACAGAUGAAGGACCACUUACAGGAUAUUUUUACUUGACAAACUACAGGUUUGCAUUCAAUCCGAUGCAUUCCAAUAAGAAGAAAGAGUCUGUUGAGAUACCACUGGGAAUGAUCGCAAAGUUUGAGCGAUCCACCAACAAAAGAGAUCAGAUCGUAGAGAUUCACUGUAAAGAUAUUCGUAUUCUCAAGUUCUACUUUGGCAAGACUGACACUGACUUUCUCGAUGAAGUGGAAAAGCGAUUCCACAACCUCUAUCCCUAUACAAUAGAGAAAGCAUUUGCAUUUUUCAAUCAAGACAGAUAUCCCGAUACAAAAGGUUGGAGAAUAUACGAUGCUGUACAAGAAUAUAAAAGACAAGGAAUAUCAACGACAUCGAAAAUCAGUCAAUGGGUAAUAACCUAUUCAGGAGAUACUGUCAAAGGUGGCAAACUAUCGCACCGGAAGAAGAUUACCGGUGUUGUGUUGGCGACACCGACAGAGAAACUCGGUGAUUGUGCGUAG